AAAAAAAAAAAAGCUGAUACGUGUACACGUCCGUAGGGAAAUAAAUAUCUGUCGUUAUUUAUUUUACCACUGCUGCAGGAAAACUUCCUAUUCGGACGACUUCCUCGGGUCGUCCUCUUCCCUUGCGUAGCAUCUCGAGUACGGGUGUGGGCGACGUCUCGGCUUUGCGUAAAUCUCGGGCGACGGCGGCGGACUUGACGACGUGAAGCCGCUCCAGAUGCCAGAAAGCGAGCACACGGCCUGCUGUCGCUCCAGUCGCGGGUGUAGCAUCCUAGGCCCGCGGAAUGGGCAUCCAGAGGGCGGAGACGGCGACUCGUCACUCUCUGUCGACGGACAGCGCGGUCUCCUGUGUCCUCUGUGUCUGUGCUGCGGCUCUGCGUCGUCCAUGGCCUCAAUACGCUUACGCCACGACUGGAGAAGACACGGGAGGCCCGAGACGUCGUCUGAGCCUGCGGCUGAUGCUCUGUGCGCCUCGAGGCAGCGACUGCGCAUACGCUGGCGAAACUGCUGGAUGCGCUCGCACAAGAAGCUGCCACUAUCGGAGGGCGAGUCUGAGGAGUCCAAUGGUCGGGGCAUGGAGUGUAUGGCGUUCGGGAGGCUCUGGCUAGUGUGAUGGACGUUGUGGAGUGAGCAGGUUCUGCGCCUAUGUGUACUAGGAAGGAAGAGCGAAUGCACUGUGUGACCAUCGCUGGAAGGUCGGAAUGUUGGUAAUGUCCCAUCUAUACUCAAUCCAAGUUAUAAUGGCAAGUUGACGACAAGGGGGUGUAAGUGAUUGUGGUCGAGCUCGAUACCGCAGCAACGUCAAUAGAUGUUUUUGAUGCUGACGGCAUUCGCUCUGUGCUGAACGUUGGUCGGGUAGAUUGAUUGGUACACGCUGGAGCCAUUCGCUGUAGAGCUCACUUCAACUCACCUGCGGUCGUGGCAUUGAGUGAUCAGCGUAGCGAGUCAAAAUAGAAAUCAGUUUGGUCGCUGUGCAGAAAAGCAAACAUGCACGGACGUUCUGCCGACAUUAUUAACCUGCACGAAGCUCCUGCACACUCCUGUCAGCAAAGUGGCGUUUGAGUUGACUGCAACCAUCGCGUGCCUUUGCGUGCAGAUCCAUUCUUUGCGUACUUUUGGCACACAAAGAACGCAUUCGACCAACACACUGUAGCAUCAAUGCAAACCAAUAUAAAAUGUACUUCCUCGA